AUGGAAAAUUCAAAGACCAUUGAUACCCCUAUUGCCACUGCCGCUCACCUGGACAUGGAUGAACUUGGUUCUUCUGUGAACGAAACCAUGUAUAGAGGCAUCAUUGGUUCACUCUUGUAUCUCACAACUAGUAGGCCUGAUAUCGUAUUCAGUAUGGGAUUAUGUGUUAGAUUUCAAUCCAGUCCAAAGGAAUCUCAUAUGAAAGCUGCCAAAAGGAUUCUAAGGUAUCUCAAAGGAACACAUGACAUGGUUCUCUACUAUCCUUCAGGAGACAAUUUCGACUUAAUUGGGUAUGGUGAUGCUCAUUAUGUUGGUUAUCUAGUGGAUAGAAAGAGCACAUAUGGAAUGACACAUUUUCUGGGGUCCUAUUUUAUUUCAUGGGGUACAAGAAACAAAACUCUAAUGCUCUUUCAACUGCGGAAGCUGAGGAUGUGGCAGUUGCCUCUUGCUGUGCUCAACUGCUGUGGAUCAAGCAGCAACAGGAGGACUUUGGUGUAUUUUCUGAUUGUGUUCCAUUACUGUGUGAUAAAACACAUGCUCUUUCAACAUGGCAAAGAACCCGAUUCAGCAAAAGAGAACAAAUCACAUUGA